AUGUCACAACCAACAGUAGCAGCAUAUUUUAAUGCACGAAAGCGUGCGGCAACGGAUGAAAUAGGUGCCUCUGCAGCUCGCAACAAGGUAUUGGUUCUGGAACAAACGUCCAUCAGAUCCUCCGAUAAUCCAGAACAACAAUCACUGGAUACGUCCAACCGGGUCGUUUUUGCCAAUACUAAAAAUUUUCUUUCCAAGAAUGCCCCUGCUACAGCCGAAACGGAUCAAAUUGGAGAUGCCUCAGAAUGCAAACGGAUUACCCGAGCUACGCGAACCAUUCGACGCAUUGGAGCAGUCACCGUCAACGAGAAGACCCGGGAAAUGUUAGAACACCCGAAGUUGGUCAACUUUUUCAAGAAAGGUACUCUGUCGCCACGGAAGAAAAUGAUACAAAAAGAUGCAAGCCCUGCUAAAGCAAUGGUUCUAUCAAAAUCGUCCUCCCCAGUAAAUGGGGAGUUCUCAGCAAAGUCUAACGCUAGUAAUAUUGAAAAAGGAAUGACGACACCGACUAAACAAGUCGAAAAAAAUGAAGCGAAUCCUAUUAAACCUGCUGUUGCAAAUUUGACAUUAGGAGAAAUCAAAAGCAAGAUAAACCGAAGUGCUCGUUUGGAGCAAUUAAAAGCGUCUUUAAAUAAAAUGCAAAGCGGUUUUGACAAGCUGGAUAACAUGGCUAGCAAGCGGACGGAUACUUCAAAUAGAAAGCCAACUGUUCCGCCUAGUCCCGGUACUGCAGCCCGCAAUUUAAAACAAUUUCAAACGCUGGAAGUAGAAGUACCGAUAAGUCCACAGAAGCAGUUUACUUCGCCUACAAAAACUCUUCAUCGCACCCCAACCAAGGCUCAUCACAAUUCACUCAUGUCACCUUCGAAGAAUGUCACACCAAAGAGGUUGUCUACAUUAAUGAGUCCAAUAAAGGAACCAUCUGCCACUCCAGUGACUGCCAGCCCCACCAAGUUACCAGCCUAUCAACGGUUCCAACACCUUACCGCGGCUGGAAGACCAACUCUUCCGCUUCCCUACAAAUAUCGCUGCCUUGCUGAGCUGUUUAAUCGCAUCGAUACUGUUUGUGCCAUGUUUUAUAAUCGAAAAGAGCAGAUUACUUUCAAAAAGCUCAAGCUUCCAGUGCAGCGAAUGGCACGGAAGAACCUCUACGAGAGCCAUCUAGCGCAGAUAAAAACUUUAUUCCCAGAUGCAUUUGAUCUUACUUUGGAACUGACAAAAAAUUACGGAUCAGUAACAAAACACGAUACCUAUCAGCUGGUGAUAAGACCUAACAUUAAAGAUAAACCCAGUACAACACCAAAGGAUGAAGAUGCUAAUUUAAUACGCAGCGCCCAAAAUCAAUCAAUGAAUCCGCAAGUUAUAGCUGAAAGAUCUCAAAAAUUCGAUCGUCUUCUUCGGGCAAAAGUAAUGGAGUAUCACCAAAAAUUUCUGCUAGAGUUGGAUCCACCGAUGCACAUUCCUUGUGAAAAAGUAACUCGCUGGCAUCCGGGCUUCGAUGUGGAAGGCUGUCCAGAGAUCGAGAAGGCUGAGCUUCCGCAGCCGCCGAAUGUAGAACGUUUUUCUUCAGCCAAAGAUGUCCUGUCGGCUGCUCGGAAUCUUUUCAAUUGCAGUACUGCUAUGGAACGGGCCCUUCAGCGCGUGGAGGAGAGAAAACGCCAAAAUAAUACUCCAGUAGUCAAUAAAACGAACAUUGCUCCACCUUUAGAUGCCGAAGUCAAAGCUAAACCAGAGAACCCAUUACACGCUGGUCUGAAAAACGUUCCAAAGUCUCUUCUUGAAAAAAUUCGUGCUAAACAAGCAGCGAAAGCGUUGGAUCAAAUGACUCGGCGACCUUCUAUCGAACAGCAAGCUAUCAAAUACGGACGCCUCCCAGAGCUGGCUCGCCAUUUGCGGAAUGUGUUUGUGACGGAGCGAAAAAGUGUUCUCCCGAUGGAAACGGUCCUCGUCAAAAUCGAGAACAGCUACCGUGGUCGACUUUCCAUCAAGGAACUAGAGGAACAUCUGCGUUUGAUAUCGCAGCUGGCACCGUUCUGGCUAACGUUGACCGAAGUUCGCAAAACACUGUACGCUAAGAUUGUAAAGGAUUGCGACAUGACCAAAGUGAUCGAACCACUGGAAAACAAAGCCAACGAUUUGCUGAAAGGAUAA